UUUUUCCGCAGUAGAUCUCCACACGAUGACGCUCGACAAACCCCAAAUCAUAACUCACGUUCAAAAGUCCCUUACAUAUACAGCGUACGACGUAAAAUGGGUGCCACUGUCGGCGCGUUUCGUGGUGCUGGGGCAGCAUGCGCGGGGGACGGGUGCGCUGCAAGUGUUCGAACUGGAGCACGGUGAUGUUAACUUGGUACACGAGACAGAAAAGCAGCACGCCUUUAAAUGCGGCACUUUCGGCGCAUCAUCUAUCAACAACCGACAUUUUGCAACUGGCGAUUUUGAGGGACGUCUCUCUGUAUGGGAUUUAGAGCGGACCGAGCUGCCGGUGUUCACUGUGCGUGCACACGAGCAAAUCAUCAACUGCAUAGACGGCUGUGGUGGCGCCGGUGCACAAAAAGGACCACCGGAACUUGCCACCGGGAGUAGGGAUGGUGCGGUAAAGAUUUGGGACGUUCGUCAAAAGGACAAGCCUGUUGCAAAGAUUGCGCCAGCGGAAGGCGAAGUGGUGCAUGAUACAUGGGCGGUGGCAUUUGGCAAUUCUUAUAAUGAUGAAGAGCGAGUCGUUUGCGCGGGGUAUGAAAACGGAGACGUGAAGAUGUUUGACCUCCGCGCCAUGUCUCUGCUUUGGGAAACCAACGUGAAGAACGGGGUCUGCUCGAUAGACUUUGAUCGCAAGGAUAUCCCCAUGAACAAGAUGGUUGUUAGCACCUUGGAAUCAAGCUUUACCGCGUUCGAUUUGCGAACACAGCAUCCGGAAAAGGGCUUCGCCAGCGUGACCGAGAAGGCACCGCACAGCACUACGAUAUGGACGGUACGACAUCUUCCACAAAAUCGGGAUAUAUUUGUGACAUCAGGUGGAAAUGGGUCGCUGAAUCUUUACAAGUAUAACUAUCCAGGGCAGCGUUCCAAAAAGGACGCGAAGGGUGUUUCAGAGGGAGUGGCGGGCAGUGUUGAUCUUAUUAACGAUGCACAUGUCGCGGAGCAGCCGGUUGCUGCAUUCGACUGGAGUCCAGAUAAGCAAGGUUUAUGCGUUUUCGCUGCGUUUGAUCAAGCUGUUCGUGUUGGUAUAGUUACGAAGCUUGAUCAGUUUUAAGGUAGAUAUACAUGUGCAGAGAGUGAUUGUAAAUAGAGUGUUGAGGAUCGGAAUUCCUUCACGUAUGUACAUGCUUUUCCCGAUUUAUGUUUACAAAUAUGGCAGAUGCAGUGUCAAACGGGCGAUCUGUAAGGCGAGUUCAGAGGGGCAUGUGUAACUACAAAAACAGAUGAUUCCC